GCCCCCCAGGAAUUUUGGAACAUUUUCCCAAAGAUCUUUCCAAUGUUUGCAGUAUUGAUAAAACUUGAUAUAAUCAAACAUUCACCAGUGCUAUUUAGUAGCUUUUGGUACAUUUUGGAAUAUAAAAUACAUUUUUAGGCUUGCUUUAUAUCAAAUAUAGUGAAAAUGGGGGUGGUCAAAAAUAUUAGCCCCCAUGUGAAUUUUUGCUUUCAAAACACACCUAAUUAAUCAAUCAGCUUUCAAAACACACCUGUGCAGUCAAUUGGCUUCCUAACAACACCCGAGCAUUCAAUCAGCAUAAAAGGACUCCAAGGAACAGGGAACUUGAACACAUUAUUGGGAGAGACUACUUUUACUCACCAUGCCAAAGACAAAGGAAAUCAGAUUGUGAGGGCUCUUCAUCGCGGUGGGCUUCAGGGCCAUGGUCCCAGAAGAACCCCUUUACUCAAACAGCGGCACAUCACAGCCAGACUGAAGUUUGCCCGUGAACAUUUGAAAGAAAGUGUCAGUGAAGAAUUCCCUCAUAAGGAAAAAUAUCACUUUAUACUCGGAGGAGGAUUGACUGAUUGACAUUUGACCUCGGGGGCUGAUAUCCUUCCAGGCUCAGGACCGGUACAGAGAGUUAAUCCCUCAGUGGCCGAGUUACUUCCCUCCCUGGGAAUCAAACCCAGGCUGCUGCAAUGAGAGCUCAUCUUAUCUCGACUAAUGAGAAGUCAAAAUAAUCGAGAUGCAUCUGUAAUACACCUGAACUUCACGAGACGCCACAUCAUCUCCUCUGAUAGGCCGCAGUGACGAGCCACUUUUCAGACUCUUUACAUCUCUUUAAUCUGGAUCUCAGUUACGACCGGUCAUGUGCACACUGAAAGACAUGAAACCGCACCAAAGAUGGUCAUCUGGGAGAAAUUCCCUUCUGGCCACAUUCCAUUUUAAUUGUACCAAAAGUUGAGGAACCCCUAGCAAUUAAGUAAGUCUGGCAUGCACAUGCUUUAAUUGAGGGGUUUUAAUUGGUUUUUUAAUUAAGAACGAGGUUUACCACAGUGGUCUUCCCUUGGUUGGGGAAACGCUCCCAGACAGCGUCCUUUAAAUAGUUUUGCUGACUUAUAAAUAUAGUUUUGUUAAUUUUUAUACGCCAGGAAUAGCUCCAGUGCUGAAACAAUAGACAGUGCUCUAACUGGCAGAUGAAAUAAUGCAGUAAUAAAUAUACAGUAUUAAUGUAAGGAUUCUACUGUAUACACACAGUGUACCCCAAACCACACCAGCAAAGGAGGUGGGCGUCAUCUGGAGUACAGACCGUACGGGAGACUCCAGAACUUCAGUUCCCCUACCCGAUCCUCUGGAUAGACAUCUGAAGGUUUUCAGCUUUUAUAUUUGUUUUGUUUGUACAGAACCUCUAUGGAUUUUUCCUCUAUCCUCUUCCUCAGUGCCAUUCUGAUAAUGGAACAAAAAGCCUUCACGGCAUCCACAGUCCCUGUGUCUCAGGCUCGGAGAGUUUCACCCUCACAGCUCAGCUCCAAGCCUCCACAUCGUGAGAAACGCUGCUCCUGUGAGAACCUGAAGGAUCGGGAGUGUGUGUACUUCUGCCAUAUUGGAAUCGUGUGGGUCAACACACCCAGUCAGGUGAUCCCAUACGGCGUCGGUUUCCUUCAGAUGCGCCUGAGAAGACACUUGGAGCGAUGUUUUUGCACAGACAACAGAGACACCAAGUGUGUGAAGUUCUGCUCUCACAGUGGUGAAAAUACAAGCCUGAGAUCCUCUGCAAGAACAUUCAUAGAACAGUCAAGGUGAAGGAGGGAGACCAUGAUGAACUGUCGGGGGGAAGAAGCAAAAGAAGGAAAGAAGAAGAUAAAUAUAUUUGCACAGAUUUUUUUAAUUAAGAUCUAUAACGACUAGGCGUGAAGAUGGUUUGUGAUCAUAUUUCAUGUUUAAUACGCACAGGAUCUUUGUGCAGAGCUUGUUAUAUUUGUGAAUUGCGCACGUGAAAAUAUUUGGACGUGUGCAGCCAAGACCCACAAACCCACGAGCACUUCAGUGGCCUUGCAUCCAAACAUCAGCCUCUCUCAAAGGAGUCUGGAUCAACCCAAGAAUCCAGGGAAAUGAUGUCAUCUACACGAAAGAGUUUUAUCACAACGCUAAUGACUAAGAUUUAUAUCAGAAGAAAACAGUGAGAUUAUUCGGUACACAGCGAGAAGACGUGCUCUCUAGAGACAGAAUAAUGAUGGACUGAAGGAAAAAGUCUCCUGCCUGCACUUUCUGUUCUGAAGAUGUAAACUGGCUGUGUGUGUGUGUGUGUGUGUGUGUGUACUAGGACCUCUCCUUCUCUAGAUGUAUCCUAAUACCCCCUUCUUGUUUACACAUGAUUGUGUAAGACAUUUUUUAACAGUUAUAUAUUUCAAAUAAAUAAAUAAAUAAAAAAAAAUUAUAUCCUCGACCUGACGAGGUAAAUGAAAAGCAUGAAUUUAUGUAUUAAAUGUGUAUUGAGACUUUUAUGGUUUAGAGUGUAAAAUUAUUUCUGUAUAAUAUUAUAUCAGAUAUCUGUGUGUAUCAUGUCCUCUAAUAAAAGAUUUAUUUAUUUUGUUUGUGAAUGCUAUAAAUAAAUC